UAUGCUCCUUUUCAUCUCCCAGAGCAUAAAAGCUUGCUCACAUUUUCAUUUCCAUCAGCUAGUAAGCUCUUUGCUUCUAAUUUUUUUUCUUUUCUUUUUUCAGAUAUAUUAUUGAUUUUCAGCAUGCAACAAGCAAUUCCAUACAAGUCAUGGCCUCUGCCAUGCGUCAACACUACUUCCCAUCGUGCCUCAUCAACAGUUGGCCACAACAACCUCGUACUAAGCAAUGGAGGAGGCAGCAAAUACAUGCUUAACAUUGUAUCAGAGAAGGCUGUGAUUGUGUUCGCCAGGAAGGGUUGCUGCAUGAGCCAUGUAGUGAGGCGUUUGCUGCUGGCGCUGGGUGUAAACCCUGCGGUUAAUGAGAUUGAUGAGGAGGAUGAGGUUGGUUUUUUGAAUGAAUUGGGAAUGAUUUGUAAAGGUGAUGGAAAAGAUAAAACGCUGCAGCUUCCGAUUGUGUUUAUCGGUGGGAAGUUGUUUGGGGGAUUGGAUAAAGUUAUGGCUACUCAUAUUAGUGGAGAGUUGGUCCCCGUGUUGAAAGAUGCCGGGGCCUUGUGGCUUUGAUUGAUGCAGUUUUGUGAGUUUCUUUUUCUUUUCUUUUUUUUUUUUUUAAAAAUUUCUUGUAUAGGUUUGGUUGGAUAAUUUCUGACUCGAAAGAGCUUUGUUCGCCAGAAAAUGGAAGAUUAUUAUUAUUAUUAUUAUUAUUAUUUUGGUUUUAGAAUUAACCCAAUUAGGAAGGUAACUUUGUUACAAAGAAAUACCAAUCAAGAUAGUACAUCUUCUAUCAAUUCUUCUUCUUUUCUACUUUUCUGUUUCUUGACAUGUUGAAAUGGGAUUAUUGAUUCGAUUAGAAUGAUUCUCAAGGAA